ACAACCAAGAUGGCGACUUAAACAUCUUCCGUGUCUUUAGACUUUUUGUGGCGCUUCAUCCUGCUGAAUGACUUUAAGAUUGUAUUUUUAUCCAUAGUUCAUCAUACGCAAUCUCGAAGAUUUGUUUUGUUAACCAAAUUCGUCAAUUCAAGUUACAACAAGGUCACGGUGGCGGUCAGGGAGGAGGGUAACCUACAUCAUACAUGUAAGCUGGAAGUAGAUGCAAUGACUGAGUUAAGCCCAAGAGGUGGCAUUGAUGCCAAGAAUGACAACUGCAACCAUCCAACUUUGGAUUAUUCAUUCAAGGGAAUGCUAUUAGUGGAAGAUGUACUGGAUGAAGAUCCGAGAGUGAAAAUCAACAAAAAUGACAAGAAUUCUGAAGGGAAGGUCAACACCCAAACAGUUAAGCUUAAUAACAAUCAGAUGUCGGAGAUGACAGGCCUUGACACCACCCUGAUCAAGAUCGUUGAAUUCCCAGAAGAUUUGACCUGGAUUGACCUCUCCUUUAACGACUUCUCUAAAAUUGAUCCAAUACUUCUGAAAUACACCAAGCUGAAAGUGUUGUAUCUCCAUGGCAACAACAUCACCAACAUCAGUGAGAUGGAGAAGCUUGCUGGCCUACCCAAUCUGAUCGCUCUGACCCUUCAUGGGAAUCCCAUUGAGGAUCAGAAGGGUUACAGACAAAGCAUCGUAGCUAAACUUCCACAACUGAAGAAGAUUGACUUCAGCUGUGUCACUAAAUCCGAUCGCCAGAAUGCCGUUACAUGGGAACGGACUUAUGGGAAACGAAAGCCACCGAAGAAAAAGGAAGAGUCAUAAACUGUUUCGAGUUUAGGGGUGAAUGGGUUCAAUUAGGAGGAAGUGUAUCAUUUAGGAUUUUUUUGCCGAGAUUUCUUUGAGAACAUUCACACAGUCACAGUCAGUUAUAUCAAAUUUUGACAUUGAUAUGGAAACAUAAAAACGAAUGGUUUUGGUUUAUUGUGAAUAAGUUUAUUUAAAAAUUGCAAUAGUCAACAAGUGGCAUCAUUUUGCUGUGCGAUUAGUUGAAUAGCAAAUAACACUUGUCGUCCUUACUCACAUUUCAACCUCAGCAUGCAUCAAAUUUCUUAAAGGCAAACUGAGUUUUUGUUUCAACUUUGGUUAUGAGUUUGUAAAAUGUUGGAUUCCUUUCAACAAUUAUUUCUCACUGAAUGUAGAAUUAACAUAAUCUCAGAUCUGGUACAAAUUCUUUUACUUUCAUUUUGUAGGGUAAAUACAUGUAAAACUAUGUUUAUGUAUGAGUUUGUAUAAAUUAUCAGUACAUGAAAGUCAACAUCCAGUUGACUUGAUAUUAAUAUGUUCAAAACUAUCAGUAAAUUCCGUCCAUUUUUGUUAUUAGUCAUUAGAUCAAUUUUUGUACACAGAUUUUUAAACGGGGAAAUGUAUAUUUUCAUUUUGAUUAUAAUUAUUAAACAUGUAUGUAAAUGUAUGAUCUGAUGAACUUAUUUUAUGGGGUGGAAAAUUAAAUGUACACAAACAAAUUGUAUUUUUGUAAUUUGAGAUUGAUAGUGCUAGUGGUAAUAUAAACAGAACUGUAUCGCUGUAAUUUGCCAUGUUAAUGUCUGAACACUUUACUUUCUUUACUAAUUUUGCAAAAUGAAACCAACAGGAAUGAUCACUAUUGCAUUCCAAUUCAGAAUCCAUUCCAUAUUAAAAAAAAAAAAAACAUAAUUAAACCUGGUUUCCAACCUUAAAAAUGCCACUAUUAAUUUUGAUCGUGGGAGUACAACAACUUUUGUUGACAGUUAAGAACGAGUUGUAUUGCUUAUUUUUCACGUCAGCCAGGCAAGAGAAUAAGAUCACACUCUAACAAAAUCUUAUCAGACAUCAAGAUCAAAACAGAAAUAUGUUCUGAUAGAUUGGUGUCAUUAAUAGACUUGUGAACAAAUCGUUAAGGUUGUGAAAGCGUAAUACGUUGAGUAGCUACAUGUAGCUCUCAUAGUGGUUGAAAACUGCUCGCGCAUGCGGCUCUUGUAUACCCGACUGCCCUCUGUUACAAGAGAUCAGAGUCGCAACAGCAGUAGUCUUGUGGGGGCCAGCAGUCUCGGGAGAACACUGAUGGUAUUGCGAGAAUUGCAGAGUCAGAAUGAUACAACUGUGACAAACAUUUAACUAAACAAGUACCAGUGUUGCUUCCACAAGUGAAAUAAGUUUAACUUAACAAUUUUGCCAUAAUAAAUGUGUAGCAGUACUUCAAUUAAACGUGUCUAAUUUGAUGUUAUUUUGUGUAUUGGUAAAACCUUCUGUUAUACCAGCCUUCUUCCGUCAUCAAUAGACUUUUACAUUCAACUUAACGUAGUAAGCAAGUGCAGUAUGAAGGAUAAAAACUGCAACGAUUAGUUUUUCAAUUAAGAAACUGAUAUUGUUUUAUUACAUAAAGUAGUGAUACAUAAAGCUUUACAAAUGAUAAAUGCAAUCCAGCCAAAACGGCAUUACAUUUACAAAAUCAAGUCUGGGUCCAAUGGCAUGCCCAUGCUUAUCCUGGAAUUCUGCACGUAGGUCCUAUAGAAAUCACACACUUUACAGGGCAUAGUAAAAACACAGAAUUCUGCAAAGCAGUGCCAUGAAAUUGGGCCCUACAUGUACAGCCAAUUUCACAAAGUUGUACGACAUGGCGCAAUAACUCACUACUUUGGUGAAAUCGGCUGCUGAUCAAAAUGGUCCUUUCAAAAAGACUUUUUCUUGGAUUGUACAAAGAUUGGAAGAAAGAAAACCCAAACCAAACA